ACUGUUGUGCCAGUAGUAGUUUCUUGGGAAAAAUUGCAGGGCAGACAUCCUGAGUUUAUCCACCUACUGAGACAAAAUGAUGAUGUUUUGGAUUUCAUGUCUACUGAUUGGAAGCAUCAGCUGUAGUCCCUUACCAAAAGAGUAUGGAUCAGAAGCUGCUCCUGCAGCAGCCUCAGAACCUUUAGAGGUGCCACUCCCUUACCGCCCUGGUAGCUGGAACAGAUGGGUGAGUUCUAUCGGCAGCAGCUCCCCUAAACCAAGUCUACCCAACCCAACCUCUGAAACUGGUGCUUCUGCCAGUGCUGUCCCUGGAAGUUCCAGCAGCCGCUACACUGGGGGCAGUGACUUCAACAGUGGGUACCUUAGUGUCAGGGAUGAGGCCUAUAAAAUCCCUGAGGUCAGUUACUAUGGGGCUUAUGCAGCCUCUGACCCUAGUGGAUAUGGCACUGCAAGUGGCAUUUAUACUGGUGGUUAUGGUAGUUCAGCUAGUGGAUAUGGUGGCAGUGCUCCAAGUGGCAGUUAUGCUAGCCCAUCUAGUGGAUAUGACAGCAGUGCUGCAAGUGGCACUUAUACUGGUGGCUAUGCUAGCUCAGCUAGUGGGUAUGGUGGCAGUGCCCCAAGUGGAAGUUAUACUGGUGGCUAUGCUAGCCCACCUAGUGGAUAUUAUGGCAGUGCUCCAAGUGGCAGUUAUACUGGUGGCUAUGCUAGCCCACCUAGUGGAUAUGAUGGCAGUGCUCCAAGUGGCAGUUAUACUGGUGGCUAUGCUAGCCCACCUAGUGGAUAUGAUGGCAGUGCUCCAAGUGGAAGUUAUACUGGUGGCUAUGCUAGCUCAGACAGUGGCUAUGCAGGGAGCAGCUCUUAUGGGUAUGUUAGCCCUCAAGAUGAGGCCAGCUCUGGAUCUGCCACCAACACUGGUGCUGGUCUUGAGACCCCUGAGCCAGUCUUCAGUGACGUGUCUGACCUGGAGCCAGUCUACUCCUUCAGUUCUCGUUCAAGCUACCAGCGAGGAAGAGAGCUGUUUGCUCAAACCCGAUACACCCCAGGAGAGCCUGCUCCCCAUGUCAUGCCAGUAUCCAGACGCAUCAGCAAAACACCCACUCAAAGCGACUCUGCUGGAGCUCCAGCUAAAGGUGGCUUCUAGAGACUUUCUGGUCUCCAUGAUGUCUCACUGCUGCUUGGUUAUGAUCUGAUACCAAUAAACUGGUUUUCAUCAAA